UUAAUCACCUCCAGCACUUUUUUUUGUUUUUUUUUGUUGAAGUGCUUUACUAAUUCAAUAGCUUUUUUUCUCAUGAUCAUUUAUUUCAAGAGCAAUAGAAUAGCUGCAGACCUCAUCUCUCAGGCCCAUCAUCUCUCAGGCCCCUCUCUAUACUGCCACGUACUGGAGACCUCAUCUCUCAGGUCCUUCUCAUCGCUCAGGCCCCUACCCCUCAUCUCUCAGGCCCCUCAAUGACGAACGACCCAGGAAAAACGAACCCCCUCUAUCAAAAGGCUAUUUGAUGCUUCUCUUUCUAUUGGCUUGUGACUACUUUAUCGUUCUACGGUUUGCAGUAGCAGCCAUUUUUUGACAGGCUACUGUUCCUGAUUUAUAUGCUUAUUUGUAAGUAUUUUAUUCAUGGUAUGCCUUUCAUGUCGCUAUCCCAAUUGUUUCAUUGACUUGUUUAUUUCAUUCUAUUUGGGAGACAACAAAUUGAACCCUAUUUUGCAUUAUUGAAGAAUUAUGAAUUAUGUUGGAUGAUGACGAUAAUCCUGUCUGACAUGUAGAGUUCAGUUCUAUGGCAACAGUUCUAUGGCAAUCUCUGAUAGAUGAGAGGUGCCUGAGGAUGAGGGGUAUGAGAGAUGAGGGGCCUUAGAGAUCUCCAAUAGGUGGCAUUAUAGAGACGAGCCUGAGAGAUGAGGUCUCCAGUAGGUGGCGGUAUAGAGAGGGGCCUGGGGGAUGAGGUCUGCAGCUGUACCCCUCUCAAGAAGAGGGGGGUUAAGGGUUACAAUUUGGUGUGUUUGGUGUCGGUUGGUGAUUUCGCUACUCCUGCCGAAGUAGAAGAACACAAUUUGAAGAAAAUUGGGUGACCUAGAUUUUGUUCAGCUAUGCAUUUUCAGGAGUGGUUACAAUCCCUUCGUACCAGUGGGGGGGUUCGAGGACCUGUAAACAAAGACUUCUGGAGCCUUGUCCCCUUUCUCCCUUUGUCGUCCUCUUUCUCCUCCCUCUCUCUAUCCCCGUCCUCUCUGCUGGGUAUAGGUGCUCUGGCCUCCUUCACUGCAUACUGGCUGGUGACUCGCCCUCGGCCCAUGCGCCCCCCUUGUGAUCUGAAUGCCCAGUCUAUCCCUGUACAGGGAGAGCCCAAUUGGAGGCGUUCAGCUUUGCUCAAAGACGAUGUCCUGUUGGAGUUCUACUAUGAGGACACCAGGACAGCCUAUGACAUGUUCCAGAGAGGACUGAGAGUGGCAGGGGAUGGCCCAUGCCUUGGCUUCAGGAAACCUGGGGAGCCUUACCAGUGGAUCUCCUACACUGAGGUGGCUGAACAGGCACAGGUGCUGGGCUCUGGGCUUUUGGGCAAAGGCUGCCAACCAAAACCUGCGCAGUUAGUUGGAAUAUUUGCCCAGAACAGGCCAGAGUGGAUCAUUUCAGAGCUGGCCUGCUACACCUUCUCUAUGGCUGUGGUGCCCCUGUAUGACACACUUGGAGAGGAGGCCAUGGUGCAUAUCCUUAACCUGGCUGAGAUCUCCCUGGUGAUCUGUGACAAGGAGGAGAAGGCAGAGUCCCUUCUGGGGAAUAAGGAGAAGGGUGUGACGCCUACUCUCUCCUGUCUGGUGCUCUUCAAUCCCUGCAGUGAUGCCAUAGUGGAGAGGGGGAAGAACUGUGGAGUGGAGAUUCUAGAACUCACACAGCUCAUGGAACUUGGACGACAGAACCUCAGAGAUCCUGCGCCACCCCAACCCCAGGACCUGGCAGUCGUGUGCUUCACCAGUGGAACCACAGGAAAGCCCAAGGGAGCCAUGAUCACCCACGGCAACAUCGCCUCCAAUUCCUCCUCUGUUAUUAAGAUCCUGGAGGGGUCAUUUGUAAUUCAGCAAGAGGACGUGUCCAUAUCUUACCUACCUCUUGCCCACAUGUUUGAGAGGAUGAUUCAGGUGUCCAUGCUAUGUCAUGGGGCCAGGGUAGGAUUCUACCAGGGGGAUAUCUCCCUGCUCAUGGACGAUAUUAAGACUCUGAAACCCACCUUCUUCCCAGUGGUGCCUCGCCUGCUCAACCGCAUCUACGACAAGAUCUUAGGCUCCGUGACGUCCCCAUUACGCCGGGCAGUGCUGCACUAUGCAGUGAGGAGGAAGCAGGCUGAGCUCAGCAGUGGGGUGGUACGUAACAACAGUCUGUGGGACUGGCUGGUGUUCAACAGGAUUCAGGCUAAUUUAGGAGGUAAUCUGAGGUUCAUCCUGACCGCCUCUGCGCCCAUCGCCCCCACCGUGCUCUCCUUCCUCAGGGCCACCCUCGGCUGUCUGAUCUUCGAGGGCUACGGGCAGACUGAAUGCACAGCAGGCUGCACCUUCUCCAUGCCAGGUGACUGGAGUGCAGGCCAUGUUGGUGCUCCAUUGCCCUGUGCCAUGGUGAAGUUGAUUGAUAUUCCUGAUAUGAACUAUUAUGCCAAGAACGGAGAAGGAGAGAUCUGUAUCCGUGGCCACAGUGUGUUCCGGGGAUACCUGAAAGAUGAGGAGAAAACAACAGAAGCCCUGGACAGUGAUGGCUGGCUGCACAGUGGAGACGUGGGCCAGUGGCUACCGAAUGGGACACUUCGCAUCAUCGACAGGAAGAAGCACAUCUUCAAGCUGUCCCAGGGAGAGUACAUUGCCCCUGAGAAGAUUGAGAAUGUCUACAUGCGUUGUGUCCCUGUGCUACAGGUCUUUGUGCACGGAGACAGCCUACAGUCUCACCUGAUCGGUAUUGUUGUGCCAGACCCAGAAGUGUUCAUUGACUGGGUUAAGGAGAGGGGAAUCUUUGGAUCCUAUGAGGAACUCUGCCAGAAUCCAGAUGUGAAGAAAGAAGUGUUAGAAGACAUGACAGCCGUGGGGAAGGAAGCUGGGCUGAAGUCAUUUGAGCAGGUGAAGGAUCUGCACCUGCAUCCAGAGAUGUUCAGUGUUAGCAACGGGCUCCUCACCCCCACUCUGAAGACCAGACGAGUGGACAUCCACAGAGUCUUCCAGGAACAGAUCACAAACAUGUAUAGCACAACAGCCAUCUAGAAGAACUCUGUCCACUGUAACAUGCUCACACACUCCAAUGACAUUUACAGUUGAAGUCAGAAGUUUACAUACACUAAGUUGACUGUGUCUUUAAACGGCUUGGAAAAUUCCAGAAAAUUAUGUCAUGGCUUUAGAAGCUUCUGAUAGGCUAAUUGACAUCAUUUGAGUCAAAUGGAGGUGUACCUGUGGAUGUAUUUCAAGGCCUACCUUCAAACUCUGUGCCUCUUUUGACAUGGGAAAAUCAAAAGAAAUCAGCCAAGACCUCAGAAUAUUUUUUUAAACCUCCACAAGUCUGGUUGAUCCUUGGGAGCAAUUUCCAAACGCCUGAAGGUACCACGUUCAUCUGUACAAACAAUAGUACGCAAGUAUAAACACCAUGGGACCAUGCAGCCGUCAUACCGCUCAGGAAGGAGACACAUUCUGUCUACUAGAGAUGGGCGUACUUUGGUUCGAAAAGUGCAAAUCAAUCCCAGAACAACAGCAAAGGACCUUGUGAAGAUGCUGGAGGAAACAGUUACAAAGGUAUCUAUAUCCACAGUAAAACGAGUCCUAUAUCUACAUAACCUGAAAGGCCGCUCAGGAAGGAAGAAGCUACUGCUCCAAAACCGCCAUAAAAAAGCCAGACUACGGUUUGCAACUGCACAUGGGGACAAAGAUCGUACUUUUUGGAGAAAUGUCCUCUGGUCUGAUGAAACAAAAAUAUAACUGUUUGGCCAUAAUGACCAUUGUUAUGUUUGGAGGAAAAAGGGGGAGGCUUGCAAGCCGAAGAACACCAUCCCAACCGUGAAGCACGGGGGUGGCAGCAUCAUGUUGUGGGGGUGCUUUGCUGCAGGAGGGACUGGUGCAGUUCACAAAAAAUGGCAUCAUGAGGGAGGAAAAUUAUGUGGAUAUAUUGAAACAUCUCAAGACAUCAGUCAGUAAGUUAAAGCUUGGUUGCAAAUGGGUCUUCCAAAUGGACAAUGACCUCAAGCAUACUUCCAAAGUUGUGGCAAAAUGGCUUAAGGACAACAAAGUCAAGGUAUUGGAGUGGCCAUCACAAAGCCCUGACCUCAAUCCCAUAGAGAAUUUGUGGGCAGAACUGAAAAAGUGUGUGCGAGCAAGGAGGCCUCCAAACCUGACUCACUUACACCAGCUCUGUCAGGAGGAAUGGGCCAAAAUUCACCCAACUUAUUGUGGGAAGCUUGUGGAAGGCUACCCAAAAUGUUUGAACAAGUGAAACAAUUUAAAGGCAAUGCUACCAAAUACUAAUUGAGUGUAUGUAAACUUCUGACCCACUGGGAAUGUGAAGUAAAUCAUUCUCUCUAUUAUUAUUCUGACAUUUCACAUUCUUAAAAUAAAGUGGUGAUCCUAACUGACCUAAGACAGGGAAUUUUUACUAGGAUUAAAUGUCAGGAAUUGUGAAACUGAGUUUAAAUGUAUUUGGCCAAGGUGUAUGUAAACUUCCGACUUCAACUGUA